AAGAAGUAACGUUUGAAGAAAUGAAUCGAGCUAUGCGCUUCCUCUUCUCUUCUCCAACUACCACCUCUAUCCAUUCACUAUCUACUAAACAUCUCUCAAGAUUUUAUCGCCGAUCCAAUUCCGAUCUCGUCGCCGCCAUGUCCAUACGGAUGAAUUUCCACACCUUCGCCGGAAACCCAAUCAAAGCCAAGACUCCUAAAUCAGAUGACCCAUAUUCCUCAACAUCCGCUGUUCAAUCUCUCAAGACCAUUCUUUUAGGUCGAACCCAUGAGCCGCCCAAUUUCAAGGUACUGCCUUUCAGAAAGGGUAGGCCCUUGGCCGCAUCCGUUAGUAAUUCGCCGCCGAAUUGGCAUUUGGGCUGGUUGAGUUUCGACGAUUUUAAGGUUAUCUUGGAAAACACAGGGUUUAAUCUGGGAGAAGAGAUGUUUGUUUAUCUGGGUACGAAGGAAGAUGUUGUUUAUUGGGCGGUUGAUGUUUCUGAAGCUAAUCGAUUAACGAAUGAAUUGGGUAAUAGAAAGUUCUGUUUUGUGGAGUUAAGAACUUUGAUGGUUGCCACUGAUUGGAGUGAUGCUCUAGCCAUGGGAUACCUUUCAAUUGCUGGUCAUGCAAGGGCUUUGAUGGAAUGGCACAAUACGUCUCGUUUUUGUGGGUACUGUGGGGAGAAAACAAUUUCAAUGGAAGCUGGAAGAAGGAAAGAGUGUUCAAAUGAGUUGUGUAAGAAGAGGAUUUACCCUAGAGUUGACCCAGUUGUUAUUAUGCUUGUGAUUGAUAAGAAGAAUGAUCGAGCACUUCUGAGUAGACAAUCAAGAUUUGUCCCACGAAUGUGGAGUUGUCUGGCUGGUUUUAUUGAGCCAGGAGAAAGCUUGGAAGAGGCUGUGAGAAGAGAGACAUGGGAGGAAACUGGUAUUGAAGUUGGAGAUGUUGUUUAUCAUAGUUCUCAGCCAUGGCCUGUGGGUCCAAGCAGUAUGCCGUGUCAGUUAAUGGUGGGAUUCAUUGCAUAUGCAAAAUCACUUGAAAUCAAUGUUGAUAAAGAAGAAUUAGAAGAUGCACAAUGGCAUAGUAGGGAGGAUGUAAAGAAAGCAUUGACAUUUGCUGAAUACAAUAAAGCCCAACAAACAGCAUCCGAAAAAGUGGAACAAAUGUGUAAGGGCAAUGAACAAGGGCGGAGCUUAACUGCCGAUUUCAAUGUUGAAAGUGGUGAUCCUGUCCCAAUGUUUGUUCCUGGUCCUUAUGCAAUCGCUCAUCAUCUCAUCUCUUCUUGGGCUUUUCAAGAUGGUGGUUCAGAUAAUAACCAGUCAGAUCAAUUUAGGGCAUCUCUCUCGAAUCUGUAGUUGCAAGCUCUUUGAUUCUGCUGGGUUCUUGUUUAUUACAAGUCUUUGCUCCAUGAUUUGUAAAUUUACUUAUUUCUUAUGAUCACUGUAAGGAAUUAAGUAAAAAGCUUGUUUUCUACACUAUUUUUGUCAUGAUCCUUGACUAUGUCUAUCUGAAUUGGCAAAUGAUGCCGGACCAUUUCUGGUCAAGUUGUUUCCUAUAAUUUGGUGUUCUGUGUGAAACAAACAUGAUUGUUUAAGCAAAUUCAAGAUGAGUUUAUUGUCU